CUCUUAUUCAGACCGCAACUGGCCGCGCGCAUUAAUCAUUCUGCUGUCAAUAUAGCACGCGUUGACCAUGCCCACAUUCGUGACUGUGGCAAUUCUGGCCCUCCAUGGCGCGGCCGCCUUUUGGUUCGACCCCAGCACAGGAAGGUGCGACGGAGGAUUUCAGCUCUGCCCUUCGCAACCGUCAGAGAGGGAGGAGUGCCGUGUUGGAAGUGUUCUGCAGUGUUUUGAUGGCCAACGAGGCCUAGAAGUACUAAUCCCUUGCUCAGGAGAAAAUUUUGAUAAGGAGGCAUUGAAAGGGCUUCCGUGCCGCAAUGGUACUUCGACAGAAGCCACAGUCGAAGGAGUGCAAACAGGCAAUUUCCAGAGUCUGAACUCCAUAGAUGAUUCAGAACCCGAAGGAGAGAAAUUCGACAUUGCUGAAUUUAUGGAUGCUGCGAAGCCAGCCUUAAUCAUCAUGGCAUCCGUCUCGGGCGUGAUUUUGGUGCUGAUACUUCUCAUCUGCAUCGUAGCAAGAGGUCUGUACGCGCGGAACAAGAAAAUUGACUCUUACCACACGUCAUGCUAACAACCUGCAAUUUCAUUAAAAGUCAAAGCACCUUCUCUGCAAUUUCUAUAUCAGCAUCAUUUUGCCCGAUGGAUUUUUCUAUAUAUUCACUGCAGCAACGACAGCCAUAACAAGAGAAGAUCUCGGCGAAGCGUGCGUCGCGCGCGCGCCUUUCAUUAUGCGCUCGCCCAUUAGAAGCACCUGCCUCUGUAGCAUAUCAAGAGGCUGCUUACGGGUCAACUUCUCGGAUGCAAACCAACUGCAUGCCGCGGAAAAAAUUCAUUACCAACGGCUUCUGUCAUUGACCUACAUUGGACCUUAUUUUUAUUCCUGGAACUUUCAACACGCCGAGUGCGGGGAAAUGCGGUACAAAUCUUUUCAGUUAUAUUAUUCCAGCGCUAUAGGUGCUCUAUAAAAUUAUUUUCUAACAGCUGCACGCCACUUGUAAUUUAUUGCACUCACUCAAUAACAAGUUGGGGUGGAGUCGCCCAACCGUGAUUGAUUAGGCAAUCUGCAUUUUCCAUUAUGUGUGGUCGCAUGCAGACGCUUCAGUAUCAAUUUACAACCGCAUAAAUGUGGUUUAUUAUUCAUAGUGCAAAGCGUGCUUCGCAAAUAUUGAGCUAAAUAUUCAACGCAUGAUGAAUCGAAAUAAGAUAUUCAGAUUAAAUUUCAUUUUAAUUUUCAGAUGACAGUUAUUAACUUACAAUAAGCUGAAAAUUUUAAUAGUGGCUAAAAACAUUAAAAAUAUGAAGUAUCAUCCAAAGUAACAUUUCUAUGGAUUUUCCUAAAAAAAAACUUUUACGUGUGUAUUUAGGUAAUCUGCAGAAACUUUUGUGAAAAUAAGACUCAACGUUUUAAAAAUUUCUAAUCGCAAAAAGAAUAUACUUUGAAUUCGUCAAGGAAAUAUUUGUUCCGAAAUCAACAAGUGAAAUAAAUUUAAUUUUAUAUGUCUCUUACCAUAGCAGUAAACAUGUUAAUUUUUUCUACAAGAUUCAUCCCAUCUAAUUAAAAAUAAUGACAAAAUAUGUACAUUAAACACAAUAUAUAUAGCUUCCUAACAUAAAUGUCAAACACUUUUUCUGCUCUCUGUGGUGAUAUUUGUUGUAAUUUUGAAAACAUUAAGAGAUUAAGAUUUGUCACUGUUAAUAAAUUACGUGCCAAACAUG